CAAAAGUUGUGUGAAGUUAGCCUGUUCUGCUACUGCUCCAAUUUUAGAAGUUUAUUAAUGAUUUUCAUAAGGAGGUCUCAAGAUGCCACCAGUAAAGGGACGAAUGCUAAUAUAUUCUGAAGAAUCUAUGCUUAAAGCAAUUGAAGAGGUUAAAAAUGGAAGAUCUAUUAAGGCAGCAGCUAGAGACAAUAACGUACCUAGAUCAACUUUGCAAAAUAAGCUCAGUGGGAAGUCACCAAAAGAAAGGCGUAUGGGACCAGAAGCAGUUCUAAAUAAGACUGAGGAAUCAAUCUUGGUUAAGUGGCUUUUUACAACUGCCAAAGCUGGUUUUCCUGUAAGUCAGCAGCAGCUAUUGGACAGUGUCCAGCACUUACUGAAGGAUUUGAAAAGAAAAAACCCCUUAAAGGAUGACCGGCCAGGCCGGUCUUGGUACCUUGGCUUUUGCAAAAGGAAUCCUUCUGUGUCUGCUAGGAUAGCGCAAAACCUGACACAGUCAAGAGCUGUAGUAUCCAAAGAUAGCCUCUUAAACUGGUUUACAGAGAUUCACACAUACCUGGAAGCCAUCGAACAGCUUGACAUUUUGGAAGAUCCCGAUCGCCUCUUCAAUGCCGAUGAGGCAGCUUUUUUUUUAACCCAAAAGGCAGUAAAGUAUUAGUUCCACGUGGUACAAAAAAUGUGUAUCAAAUCAUAAACAAUGACGAAAAAGAAUGUCUUACAGUUUUACUAAACUGCAGUGCAAGUGGUAAAAUUGCUCCCCCUUUAGUAGUAUUUAGCUAUGUACGCAUCCCCAAUGAAAUAGCUGAGAGUGUCCCUAAAGACUGGGGUGUUGGCAAGUCAGAAAGCGGUUGGAUGAAUGGUGAACUCUUUUUUGAGUAUGUAACUAAUGUGUUUCAUCCCUGGA